AGGGUCAAGCGCUUGGAGCGCUGGGCGUGCUGGGCGUACGUCGCGACUGCUCCGGCGGCGCUGGUUUGCCGCUCUCUUGCUAUGGCGGCGACGGUUGCAGAUGGGGGGAGCGUUGCUGCGGUUCCCGUAUCGAGCUCUCACAGCGAGCCGCAUGUAGGCGAAAGCAAGGGAGCCGUGGGCGAUGAGAGGGACACGGGCACGAAAGGAGCGGAGGCCUUGGGGGACAGCGAGGAGGACGGGGAGGAUGUGUUUGAGGUGGAGAGAAUCCUGGACAUGAAGACCGAAGGGGGUAAAAUCCUUUACAAAGUUCGAUGGAAAGGAUAUACAUCAGAUGAUGAUACCUGGGAGCCUGAGGUUCAUCUUGAGGACUGUAAAGAAGUUCUUCUUGAAUUUAGGAAGAAAGUUGUGGAUAACAAAGCUAAACCAGUCAAGAAAGAGAUUCAGAGACUAUCCUUAAAUAAUGACAUAUUUGAGGCAAACUCUGAUAGCGAUCAGCAGAGUGAGACAAAAGAAGAUACUUCUCCAAAAAAGAAAAAGAAAAAAUUAAGGCAGAGAGAAGAGAAAAGCCCUGAUGAUCUGAAGAAGAAAAAAGCAAAGACUGGUAAACUAAAAGAGAAAUCGAAGCCAGACCUGGAGAGCUUUGAAAUUUCAGUUUUUGAUUUAAGGACAAAGAAAAGAAUUUCUGAAGCCAAAGAAGAAUUAAAGGAAUCCAAAAAGCCCAAAAAGGAUGAUAUAAAAGAAACUAAGGAAUUAAAGAAAGUUAAAAAGGGUGAAAUAAGAGAUUUUAAAAGUAAAAUAAAAGAAGAUUUCAAAGAAAACAGAAAAACAAAAAAAGACAAAUGUGUUGAAUUUCCGUUGGAAUCUGAAUCAGGUGUACUCAGUGACCCUCCCUUUCAUGAGGGGGACAGUGAAGAUGUACAGCCUGACAACAGAGAAGAGAAACUGAAGAUUAAAAGUGGAAAAGACAAAGCAGGGCCAGAUGGAGCUCAAGACGUUGUUCUAGAUAAACAGCUGGAUGGCUCUGGGAGUGCUGAUGAGGAUGCUGAUGUCAGAGGAAAGAGAAACAAAAAGAAACCCAGAAAGGCCGAGGAACUUAAAGAAAGCAAAAAGCUAGAAAACAAGAACCUUUCUUUAGAGAAGAAAAAUGCACAUAAAAAGCAACGGAAUCAAGACAAAAGCAGAAAUACCACAGAAUCGGAUAAUCUGACACAUGCAUCUUCCUAUACACAGAAGAGCUCAAGGCUGGGUGAGGAAGAGAGGGGCCUCCUAUCCACUGACUUGGCCAGGGAAGAAAAAGAGACCAAAAAAAAUGAACCCAAAGAAAAAUACCAGAAAAGGCAUGAUUUAGACAAGGAAGAAAAAGGCCGCAAAGAGCCAAAAGGAUUAAAGACAUUUAAGGAAAUUAGAAAUGCAUUUGAUUUCUUUAAAUUAACUCCAGAAGAAAAAAAUGAUUUUCCUGAGAAUAAUCAGAAAAGAGAAGAAAUACCACUGGAUUGUAAUUUCACAGAAGAUCACAAAGCUAAAGAAAACAAACAGGUACUUAAAGAAAGGAGAAACACAAGAGAUGAGACUGACACAUGGGCAUAUAUAGCUGCGGAGGGUGAUCAAGAAGUCCUCGAUGGUGCAUACCAAACCACUGAGAAUUCUGACAACAGACAGCAGAUUUUGAGUCUGGGCAUGGACCUGCAACUGGAAUGGAUGAAAUUAGAAGAUUUUCAAAAGCAUCUAGAUGGGGAAGAUGAGAACUUUUCUGAAACAGUUGCCAUUCCUAGUACUUUGUUGAGGGAUGCUGUGAAAAAUGGGGAUUAUAUUACUGUGAAGAUUGCACUUAAUUCAAAUGAAGAAUAUAACCUGGACCAAGAGGAUUCAAGUGGGAUGACACUGUUGAUGCUGGCUGCAGCAGGAGGGCAGGAUGACCUGCUGAGGCUCCUCAUCAGAAAGGGAGCCAAAGUGAAUGGCAGACAGAAGAAUGGGACCACUGCACUCAUUCAUGCAGCUGAAAAGAACUUUUUAACUACAGUGGCUAUUCUUUUGGAAGCAGGAGCUUUUGUAAAUGUUCAGCAGAGCAAUGGUGAGACUGCUUUAAUGAAGGCCUGUAAAAGAGGAAAUUCAGACAUUGUACGACUCGUCAUUGAAUGUGGAGCUGACUGCAAUAUUUUGUCAAAGCACCAAAAUAGCGCAAUGCAUUUUGCAAAGCAGUGUAACAACGUAUUGGUGUACGACUUGCUGAAGAAUCAUUUAGACACACUUUCAAGGGUAGCAGAAGAGACAAUAAAGGAUUACUUUGAAGCACGCCUUGCUUUACUAGAACCAGUUUUUCCAAUAGCAUGUCAUCGUCUCUGUGAGGGGCCAGAUUUUUCAAUGGAUUUCAAUUAUAAACCCCCACCGAACAUACCAGAAGGCUCUGGCAUCCUGCUGUUCAUUUUCCAUGCAAACUUUUUGGGUAAAGAUGUUAUUGCUCGGCUCUGUGGACCAUGUAGUGUACAAGCUGUAGUUUUAAAUGAUAAAUUUCAGCUACCUGUUUUUCUGGAUAGUCAUUUUGUUUACUCAUUCAGCCCUGUUGCAGGCCUCAAUAAACUCUUCAUAAGGUUAACAGAAGCACCCACUGCUAAGGUAAAACUGCUAAUAGGUGCGUACAGAGUGCAGCUACAAUGACCAAACAAUGAAUCAGGAUGGACUGGCUUUCAAACCUGUGCAUUGCUAAAUAUUGUUACAAGCAGUUUGGAAUUCUUGGCACUGCUAACACUUCCAGAUUUAAAGUUUCAUCUGUAAACCUCAUGCAGUUUAAGUCUCUUAAGAAUAGUGUGUUCUAUAGUGUGUUCUAUACAUCAUAAAAUACAGAAAUGUACGUCCUUUGUGCCAGUUUUCAAUAAUCAGUGUUGUGUCCAAACUGCGUAUUUCAGUUUUCCACAACGUGGAAUAGUACAUAGAGGGUCAAGAAAAUUUUUAGCUUGAAAUUUUCUACUACCCUAGGUGAAUCUGUGUCCCCAAGCAUGAAUUUGCCACCCUUGAAGUUUGAGGGAAGAGGUCUGAUCUAUUUUUAAUUUGCCACAUGUUCCAAGUUGGAGGUGACAACUUUGUAUGUUUCCAGUUAUCCCUUAUUUGAAGAGAAAAAGAAAGUAAGAAAUAGAAGAAAGUGUCCACCAAAACAAAGUAAAGAUAUUCCCUUUUAGUGGCCCAAAAGGGAAUAUCCUUAUUUUGAACACUGGGAUAGUCAGCUGAGCUAUGCCAGUGAGGCUCAUGUGGGGUUAUUGUUCCUACGGACUUUUCCAUAGGUCUGACUUUUGCAUUCUUUUAAGAAAUAUUUGGCAAAGUAAUAAAUGAAACUCAGUAUGGACUAUGGAAAGGCAUAAAAUUUAUUUCUUGGUUAGUUUUAUGAGUUCUAAUUUUAAUGAAAACGUUUCAGAAUAUCAUGUAUUAGACCCAUCGUUGUUUACAAAUUAGCCAUUUUUACUUUACAUACUAAAACUGCCCUUCUUGACAGUUUCCUCAAGAAAACACCACAGUGUUGGUCUUUCCAUUUUCUUUUGGUACCCACCUUGUUUUGAGAUGCAGUGUGUAUUAUAGAUUUUCAGCUAAAUGGUGGCUGGCGUUGGACUCCUUCAACUAGAUUGAAUUUUGUACUAGUACUGUAUACAAAUUCAUAGCUUUCUAGAAAACAGUUAAUGAGAUUUGGGUUAGCAACAGUGCACAGAAAAGGAACACAUAUAAGAGAAAUGGGCUUUUUAAGAAAAUUUCCAUUAUGUCCAAAUCCUACCCUAAGAUAAUCCUACAACCUUACAAGAACAUAUUAAGUGAGCAUACACUAUUUGUCAGGAGGCAUGGCUAUCUAGGAUGGUAGAAAAAUAGAGAAUCUGAGCACAAUUCCUUUAGGAGAUAAGGCAGAGAAAUAAAGCUCUGUGAAGUCAGCAAGGGCAGAAUGUGAAAAUGGGCGAGUUAUUUUGACAAACAGGGAACAUACAGGUUUAAAAUCAGUAAAACCUUGUCUGUGUCAGCUUCUACCUGCCUUGUGACAGGUAUGCUAGUAAACUGUGAACAGUGUGUAUUAGGAAUAUGAGUCACACAAUUUUAAUACAGUUGUUUUGCUCAGAACUAAAGCUUCUCUAUAGCAGGUGAAGUACUUGUCCCUGAGUGGAAAGUGCUGAAAGUUUUGGUUUCUUAUAUGUACAAAGUGUGGAUAGUGAUUUCUCUGAAAAUCAAAGCAAUAUCCUUGUAUAAAAUAUGUAUGACACAGAACACAUACCUGAACUUAAUCUUCUUGGACAUAAGCGAGCUCACGACUAAGCCAGUCAUCACAAAUGGGAGGCAUUACACUGUGGCCUGAUUCCCUGAAAAGCAGUUAGUUCACAGCUUUUUGCUUCAGUUUUAUCUUGAAAAAGAAAA